CCACAGCUGGGCAGGGCAAAACAAAAAUCCGGCGUCAGAGAUUGGAGAGGCAAAAGAAAGUUAUAAAAAGCGGAUUUUUAUACCAUGGCAUCUUAUGGAUCGGAGGAAACAGAGCAACUUCGAGAAAGACUGCAAUCCCAGUGUGACCGCUUAUGCCAGCAGCUUAAUGAGUUGGAAGAGUAUAAGGAUGACCUGUCGCCAGAGGAAUAUAACGAGAGCAAAAAAGAAACUGCAGAGCAACUGCAGGAGUUGAGUGAAACCAUGGAGAAAUUGGUGGCCGGAAACAUGACUCUGGUCGACAGCUUUGGAGCGAUUCAGUUGUCAAUCAAAGAGGCAAUCUCUCGAGCCUGUCCUUCGUCAGCUUUGAAAGAGCCGAAACAAAACAAAUGUGAUUUGCGAUCUAGAUUAUCCGCUGUAGAAAAGGACCUGAAAAAUGGUAGGAUUACCCAGAACGAAAGUCUACUCUUAAAGGAAGAGAUUUUGAAAGCGAUAAUCCAGUCAGGAGAAAAGGUGACGUCGGAAGAGGAAAAGUUCCUUGGGCAACUGAGUGCCAAAAACUCCAGUUUUGUUCAAGUGACAGAUAAUUUAGGACUCUCAGAGCAGGCAAUUAAAUCAGCGUCUUCAAAUAUCUGUUCCUAUAAAAAAUAACACAAAACAAAGAGAACCUUAAAAAUCAGAAUAUCAUCUUACUUAUAAGCUUAAUUCAUCAGUUUGUGCCAUUAAAACCAUUUGCAUUUUCAAAUUGUGAUUAUUCUUCAGAUAACUUGAUUAUAUUUUUUCCUCGUAUCCAACGGUUUUCUCGAUUUGUAUAUAAGUAUCAAAUAUUUAUUUGUUUGUAAAAUAAAGGAUAAAUUCAUAGUAUAAUUCACACCUGGAAGGUCAAAGGAUGAUGUGCUUCUUGACACUGCUAAAUGACUUAUAUUGUUACUUACAAAUUAAACAGUCAUGUGUAUUUUGCAUAAUUAAUAAUAAAAGAUCAUAUUAAUUUG